GCUUGUUGCUUUCUUCAACUUCGAUGGCUAACCCUUCAUAUUCACCAACAUCACCUGCAAAGAACAAGCAGAACGAGCGGCCAGGACAAAUACAUGUAAAGAAGUCGGAACCAAAGUCAAAUACACAAUCCUCCUCCUUUAAACUAGGGGUAGUGCUCAUGGUGUCAAUGGCCACAGGGUCUUUAGUAACAUUUGGUGGAAUGAGGAUCUAUAGGCAAUUCUUCAAGCGGAUCCGCAACUCUGAAUUCGGUGAUUCGAGGGCGAAAGGCUACUCACCUCGGAGCAGCGUUGGAGAUGGAGACAAUUUCAGACUAUACCAUACACCUGGAUUUGGCUGGAAAUCGCCGUUGAAGUUUCGUAGCGUACCGAAAGAUUUAAAUGGCAAGGAUACGAUACAUAUUAGGUUGAUGGCAGUAGAUGCACCUGAGGAAGCUUUGGAAUGGCUCAGGGAUCAUAUUCUGAAUCAACAAGUCUGGUGUCAAAUACUUCGUAGGGAUCAAUAUGGUCGAAUUGUAAUUCUCUCUUGGGUCUCACUGUACUUUGGAGCCAGAAAAUUCAUUAUUCACUACAGGUUGCGACAACAGUCAAGAACUGGAUGGGCUACUGUUUACAACUCCAUCAAUCCAGAGUAUGGGGAUCUGGGUAAAGAACACAUGCUAAGUUUGGAAGCAGUUGCACAGUAA